AUGGAUGAAGCGGGCCCUCAAACUUCCCGCCCUGGCCAACCCGCCGUUCUCUCGAGCCGCAACUCAGGCGAACCGCAGACGUCGUCCACCUCCACUGACCCUCCACGGGUGCAGCAGCCUCGGCCGCAAGCUCUACCCUCGCGGUCCGGUCCUAGUUCCAUCCUCGUAUCACCGCGCCAGAAAGGCAACCCCAUACUGAACAGCGUUCGCUCAGCGGCUUGGGAGUACUCCGACAUUCCAGCCGACUACGUGCUGGGCGCAACCACGUGCGCGCUGUUUCUCUCUCUCAAGUACCACCGCUUGCACCCAGAGUACAUCUACAAUCGCAUUCGCGACCUGAAGGGCCAGUAUAAGUUGCGCGUGUUGCUCACCAUGGUGGAUAUUGAGAAUCACGAAGAGACCCUGCGUGAACUGUCGAAGACCUCGUUGAUCAACAAUGUGACCAUCAUGCUUUGCUGGAGCGCCCAGGAAGCCGGCCGGUACUUGGAGUUGUUUAAGACGUUUGAGCAUGCUGCCCCUACCAGUAUCCGAGCUCAACAGUCAACUAGCUACUCGGAUAACCUUGUGGAUUUCAUCACAGUGCCACGCAGUAUCAACAAGACUGACGCUCUGGGCCUGGUCUCAAACUUUGGAAGCAUACGCACCGCUAUCAAUGCGUCCCCGGAGGAGAUUGGCAUGAUCGCUGGAUGGGGGGAGAAGAAGGUUCAGCGUUGGUGUAACGCCGUGAGAGAGCCCUUCAGGGUUCAGAAGGCCGCAAAGCGCGGUCCAAAUUCCCGUAGCACCAGAGCGACGAUGUCAGGAGAUGUAACGAUUGAAGAGGGAGCAGGAGAAGCUCGGGAGGAAGCAGAUGCAGAUAAGAGGCCCCCGCAUCGUUUAGCUGAGGACGGUCGGGCCUGGCAACUGGACGGAGAUGUCGAGGAAGCUAUGCGCGAAGCAGAACGCGUCGCUGUUGAAGGCCAGUCUCAUGAGCCAUCUACGCAGCAGAUGUCAGCGAACCGAACAUCCGUGGAAGAGCCCAUGACCGAGGGCAUUAUGGCGGCCUUGAAUAAACUGCGGCAACACCUCCCUUCGGAAAUCCAGCUUCAGGUUUUCAGCUAUGCAGAUAUACCGACGCUGAAAGCUGCUCGUAGAGUCUCUCGUCAAUACAGGGACAAUGCUUCUCAAUACCUGUUCAAGCAAGCACUAAUAUGUCCACGGAAAAUUGUGCUACGAGCCCGGAGGAACAUCUCUCAGCACCCAGUCUACUCUACUUAUGUUGGGGAACUAGUUUUUGAUGCGUCUAUAGCUGAUCCCUACCUGGUUGAGAAUCCUAGGAUUUACGAUCGCAGAGUAGAAGUAGAGCUCGGUCCUCAUGGCGAAUCUACGCGUGAUUCUCAAAGGUAUUAUGGCCUUUGCUUGUUGAGUUGCUUGGCGCUGAUGUUCUGGGCUUGCCACGACCAGGUACUGGAGUUACAGAGCCUACGUAAAGCUUUUCAAUGA